AUGGCUACUGGUUCAAAGGCCGACCUGGAUGGUUCUUGGGUGGUCCAUGACCAGGGUGAGGAUACCCUCAGUAGGCACGACGAUUCUGCCGCUUCGGACUCUUCCGCCGAGGACCCGAGAAGAACCAAGCCGAAGAAGCCAAAUCCGUCUGGACGAACGCCUGCUGCUGGCCGCUCCAAGCCCUCGAGAAAGAGGGCAGCUGCGCCCCCCGAACCGGAGUUCAUCAUGCCAUCACCCUUCACCACGACCAGCGUGCCUGUGAUUGACCGGUUGGUCAACAAGCACAAAGGCCAUACGGAUACCCCUUCCAGAGUCACUUCGCCAAAGCAGCAGCACUAUGACCGAGUAGCGACGGUGUCAGCCACGGCCUCGGUGCAAGAAGCUUCACAAGACACAGUCGCAUCCAAAGCAGCCCAUCAGCUGGUCCUAUUUUUGGGCCAUACUGCCGAGUGGACUCUGGACAUUGUCGGUCAGACUCUGAAGGCGUUGAAGAGGCCUAUCUCAUGGUUACUAGCGGCGUAUCUAUUCGCCGGCAUAUUAAUGCUGGUGCAAAAUCUCCUCACGGCUUCCAUCUACACCGCGUUAUCGCCUAUUUGUCGAAUCCCAGGCAUAUCUUUUCUCCACCUGCCCAUCUGCCAGUACGGUGUGUCUAAUCCCGACACUCCCUCUCUAGGGGCGGGGAUGUCUGCGCCUGUCGAAUUCGACGCGUUGAUGAAGACGCAAUCCCACUUUGAAGAGAUCCUCUCUGAAUCCGCCACCGGCGUCACUCUGCCUCUCGACAUGAAACGGUCCGAGACCUCGAUCCGCGACCUCAGGCAGAUCGUACGGUACUCGCAACUGUCCUCACGCAAUGAACUAGUGCUUGAAUUUGACGGGUUUAUUGAAACAGCGCGUAUCGCCAGUUACGACCUCCAGAAGUUCAACUCGCACGUCGGACGCGGCGUGGACAUCGUGCUUAGCACAGCACGCUGGACACAGCGUGUGCUGGACGACAUGGCGACCAAGCAGUCGACGCGUGGGCUGGUCCCGGCGUUCAUCCAAGACCGACUGCUUGCCCCGUUCAAGCCUAUCCCGUUCACCGAAUCGCGGUUGCUGGAGCAAUACAUAGCGCACACGAGGGUGGUAGGCGAGGAGAUUGAACGGCUGAUCGAGGAAGCACAGGCGCUGCUUCUUGUGUUGCAGAACCUUGAGGACCGGCUGGAGGUGAUCCAUUCGGUAGCCCUGCAUGACAAUGUCGCCGCGCAGGCUGGCAAGGACGAGAUACUCGGACACCUGUGGACAUUGCUGGGCGGGAACCGGGCGCAGCUGGGCAAGUACAACAAGCAGCUGACGCUGCUACGACAGGUUGGACAGUAUCGCAAGAUCGCAUGGGCACAUGUGUCGGCUACAAUCCUCAAGUUGCAAGCUAUGGGAGCGGAGCUGGAAGAGUUGCGGACGCGCGUGGCCAGCGCCGAGGUUCUCCAGCACCAUCGAGAGAUCCCACUCAGCGUGCAUGUCGAGAGCAUCCGGUUAGGCGUGGAGAGGCUGGAGCAGGGCCGAGACCGGGCCAGACAGUUGGAGCAAGCUCAUGUCCGCCGGGUCAUUGAUGGGGCAGAAAUUGAGCAGGUGUUGCCUAGGUUGGGUCAUACAUGA